UGUCAUCCGGCCGCCAUUAUCUCAUAUGAAUUCAUAAAAUCAAUUAAAGUUUCGCUGUCGUUACGGGUUUUAGUGUCGUGCUUACUAUAGGGUCGUGUAAGUUACGCGGAUUCUAUUAUUCUUACAAGUGUCGUAAAGCACUCUAAAAAGUGAUCAGUGAUAUAGUUAGGUUACUGUGUUGAGUGUUAACAUUGUGUAGGGUGGCUCCGGUUAGGCCGGGGCGGCAGGACGCGAUCGGAGCGUAUGCAAAGGGAGCGGUGAGAGCGCGCCCGGCUCGGGAGUCGGGGCGGACAACAGUCAGAGCACAGGGACAGCUGCCGACAUGGGGUGCACACAGUCGGCCGAGGAGCGCGCGGCGGCUGCCCGAAGCCGACAGAUCGAGAGGGACCUGAAAGAGGAUGGAAUCCAGGCUUCCAAAGAUAUUAAGUUAUUGCUGCUAGGUGCUGGCGAGUCAGGAAAGAGUACUAUAGUUAAACAAAUGAAAAUCAUCCACGAGAGUGGCUUUACAAAUGAAGACUUUAAACAGUAUCGGCCCGUGGUGUACAGCAACACAAUCCAGUCCCUCGUCGCCAUAUUGCGUGCCAUGCCCAACCUGGGCAUCACCUAUGGGAAUAAGGAUCGUGAGAGCGAUGGCAAGAUGGUGUUCGACGUGAUCCAACGGAUGGAAGACACCGAGCCGUUCAGCGAGGAACUGCUGGCUGCCAUGAAGAGGCUGUGGGCGGACGCCGGAGUGCAGGAGUGCUUCGGACGAUCGAACGAGUACCAGCUCAAUGACUCGGCUAAAUAUUUCCUGGACGAUCUCGACCGGUUAGGCGCUAGAGACUACCAGCCAACCGAACAGGAUAUAUUAAGAACUAGAGUCAAAACCACCGGAAUCGUCGAAGUGCACUUUUCCUUCAAAAACCUUAAUUUUAAAUUAUUCGACGUGGGCGGUCAGAGAUCGGAGAGAAAGAAAUGGAUCCACUGCUUCGAGGACGUGACGGCGAUCAUAUUCUGCGUCGCCAUGUCCGAGUACGACCAGGUGUUGCAUGAAGACGAGACAACGAACCGUAUGCAAGAGAGUCUGAAGCUAUUCGACUCGAUCUGCAACAACAAGUGGUUCACUGACACGAGCAUCAUCCUAUUCCUGAACAAAAAGGAUCUCUUCGAGGAGAAGAUCCGCAAGUCGCCGCUCACCAUCUGCUUCCCGGAAUACACGGGUGCGCAAGAGUACGGCGAGGCGGCUGCGUACAUCCAAGCCCAGUUCGAGGCUAAGAACAAAUCCACAACCAAGGAAAUCUACUGUCACAUGACUUGCGCCACCGACACCAAUAACAUACAGUUCGUGUUCGACGCCGUCACCGACGUUAUCAUCGCCAACAACCUGCGCGGUUGCGGCCUCUACUAGACAACCUAGCAACCACCCUCCCCUCACAACCGUAACCAGGGCUGCCAGUGACUCAACAGAGUGUAUGUAACAUACAUACUCCCCUCACCUAUAACCAUGGCUGCCAAUUACUCUGUUAACUAUUAUCAUUUACGAAACACAACAUAAAGCAACCAGGGCUGCCAGCGGCUUUACUUACUAUUAUCAUUGUUGUUGUGUAAAUCAACAGAGUUGGUAGAAGUUUUCUGUAAUGAGUGCUUGGAAUUUUUGUCUAAUUGGAAAAGCUCUACUUACUAUUAUCAUUGUUAUGUAAAUGAAUAGAGCUGGUGGAAAUUGUUUGUAACAAAUACCUGAAAUUUUUUGUCUCAUUUAAUAAUUGAUAAUUGUCGAUUGUUAUUAGUUUCUUUUAAUUUGGAAAAUUGGGUAUGUAUCGACAAUCAAUAUACAAAUGAACGAUGCGUAAAAUGUGUCAAGCGACUCUUAACUAUUCUCA